GAUAAACUGCACAUAUCCUGCAAGGAGGCCUGUACCAUGAUUUGUGUCAGAAUUAGGUUGGUCCAUCUAGCUCGCAAGUUUUUUUAAACCUAUCUAAACCGUCCGGAUAAAAAUAAGGAAUCGUGCCUGCAACUGAAGCCGCCUUCUUCGUCCUCCUUUUGGUCUCGGAUCCGCUGAUACCACCGUCGCCAUCCUCCACUCCAAAUAAACUCUCCCUCUAAUUACUCCUAUAAUAUUUUUUCGCACCCACAUUUCGACACCCACUACCAGGAAGGCUUCAUCCUCCCUCCGCUCUCCUCCCCCAGCCUCUUCUUACACAUUUUCGUCCACGGAAAGAGCGACGAACCAAGGAAUCUCCGCGCUCUGUUCUCCGGAUCCGAAGAAGGGGACGGUCGCCGAGAGAUGCGACUUGUCGCUGAUGGGGGAGAAGGACCUGAAGGCGUCGGACUCUAGGGUAUUGGAAUGCUUCCCCGCGGCCCCUGGGUGCCGGUCCCUCUGGCGGUGGAACCCCUUCCGGCUCCUCCUCCGCUUCCCCACCGCCGUCUCCUUCCUUCUCGUCUCCAUCCUCGCCUUCGGCCUCCUUGGGAUCGCCUACUUCUCGCUUGUAGUAUCCUCCUUCCUCCCCAAUCCGUCCGCCAUCGGCUGCCGCCCCGACAGCGAGGGCUCCUGGUCCAUUGGGAUUUACUAUGGGAAGAGCCCCUUCUCGCUCUCCCCCAUCGAACUGGAGAAUCGGAGCAAUGGAAACAGUUCGGCGUGGCCGGUCGCGAAUCCGGUUCUUACUUGUGCGUCCGCCUCUAAUGCUGGUUAUCCGAGCAAUUUUGUUGCCGAUCCGUUCCUCUAUAUUCAGGGCAACACUCUCUACCUCUUCUUUGAGACAAAAAGUACUAGCACAAUGCAAGGUGAUAUCGGUGUUGCAAGAAGUGUUGAUCAAGGUGCCACAUGGGAGUUUCUGGGCAUUGCCUUAGAUGAGAAAUGGCAUUUGUCUUAUCCAUUUGUCUUCAGCUAUGACCACCAAAUCUAUCUGAUGCCUGAGGGCAGUAAAAAUGGGGAGCUGCGGCUUUAUCGAGCAACUAGGUUUCCACUUGAGUGGAGAUUGGAGAAGGUGCUUAUAAGGAAGCCACUAGUUGAUGCUUCACUGUUCCAGUAUGAGGGAUAUUACUGGCUCCUUGCUUCAGAUUUUAGCCAAUCUGGCACUGAGAAGAAUGGGGAGCUCAAAAUAUGGUACAGUGGUUCACCACUUGGUCCCUGGAAACAGCAUAGAAGAAAUCCUAUAUACAGAGGUGACAGAAGCUUGGGAACUCGAAAUGGGGGAAGACCUUUUAUAUAUGAAGGAUCUCUCUAUCGCCUAGCCCAGGACGGCAGUGGCACGUACGGCCAAAGGAUCAGAGCUUACAAAGUUGAAAAUCUAAGCAAGGAAGAGUUCUGGGAGGUUCCUGUAAAGCUUGGGAUUGAAGAGUCAAAGAAAGGUCGAAAUGCUUGGAAUGGUAUCAGGUACCAUCACUUGGAUGCACAGCAGCUUCCAUCAGGUGACUGGAUUGCAGUAAUGGAUGGAGAUCGUGUUCCUUCAGGUCAUACAGCAUGGCGUUUUCUCCUUGGCUGCACAUUUGUCCUGCUACUCUUUUUACAGGUCAUGCUGAUGGGCUUUUUAGUUGGUUCUAUCAAUUGCAUUGUUCCUCCAAGCUGUUGCAUGGCCGUAAGUAGGAGAAAUGAGCCAUGUUGGUUUUGGACACGACCCCAGUUCAACUUGAAAGUACGAAAACAUUCUUCGGUCAUGAAUAGAUAUGGUUCUUCUAUCAGAGGGAGAGCAAAUAUUAAAACAUGCUGUGGCAAGCUGGUUCUCUGCCUUCUUGCUUUCGUAGGUGGGAUUUUGGUCUGCAUGGCUGUGCAUUUUCUGUUUGGGGGCAAUGGUGCUGAAGAUGCAUAUAUGUAUCAGGGACAAUAUUCACAGUUUACAAUGCUUACAAUGACUUAUGAAGCCCGACUUUGGAAUUUGAAACUAUACAUCAAACACUAUUCUCGAUGUGCAUCCGUGAGAGAGAUUGUCAUUGUGUGGAACAAGGGAAACCCUCCGAUCCCAGAUGAGUUUGAUUCUGCUGUCCCUGUGAGAAUACGCGUGGAAGAGCUCAAUUCUCUCAACAAUCGAUUCAAGGUUGAUCCCCUGAUCAGGACUAGAGCUGUUCUUGAACUAGAUGAUGACAUAAUGAUGACUUGUAAUGACAUAGAGAAAGGGUUUAGGGUUUGGAGAGAGCAUCCUGACAGAAUUGUGGGCUUUUAUCCACGGCUGGUAGAUGGCGGCCCUUUGAAAUACAGAAAUGAGAAGUAUGCUCGUGAGAAGAAUGGUUACAAUGUUAUUCUGACCGGUGCUGCCUUCAUGGACAGCGAAUAUGCUUUCAAGAAAUACUGGAGUGAAGAAGCAAGAGAGGGAAGAGAUUUUGUGGACAAGUCCUUCAAUUGUGAAGACCUGCUGUUGAACUUUUUGUAUGCAAAUGCCAGUUCGAAGAGGACCGUAGAGUAUGUCCAUCCAGCCUGGGCUAUAGACACUUCCAAGCUGUCGACUGCUGCUAUAAGCCGAAACACCCAAAUGCACUACAAGAUUAGGACAAAUUGCUUGUCAAAAUUCUCCAAGAUAUAUGGUCUCCCCCAACAGAAAUGGGAGUUCGGUAUUAAUAGAAAUGGUUGGGAUGUAUAGGGUAACGUACCGAGGGCAGAAUGUAGAGGGACAAAGCAAAGGCAUUUGCUUGUUUAGUUGGUCGUAGAAAUAAUUAUGUUGAGAUCCCAUGAUAUUGAAACAUGUGUACUUUGCUGUAUGCCAGGAGGGAAGCAGUGUUUUGAGGACUCUCAAAAAAAUAUGUACUUUGAUUUGCGCAGACUUUGUAUCCAACCAAGGGCAAGGUGGACUCAGCAUGAAGUCGAGUGCCGCUCUAUAGCAAGACCUCGUAACUACAGGGAAAAGAUUCAUAAAGCUCUACGGAUGAGAUAACCCGUUCACAAAAUGGAGCUGUUUGUGUUGUUGAUUGGUUGUAAAACUUGCUUAAUUAAGCAGUGGCAAGUAAUUUUUGUCACCAUGACCUUUCUGAUCAUUGAGGAUUGUAUGUUAUAUACUCUGACAAACUUUUUUUUCGCUUGUGAGCAUACUUCUGCACUGUUUUUAUAGCAGUUGUGGGGUUAAGUACGUUGUUAUUAUCACUUCAUCAUAUAUUAUUAUGGAUUUUGUAUGUGCAGCACCGAA